AUGGCAAUCUCUUGCUGCCUCGGCCUCUUCCUCCUGUUAUGCGCAGUCGAGAUCGUCCCGCCGUCCUCGGCCAAUGCUGCUCCUGAUACUGCCUCAAAGAACCCUUCGCGACUAGCCAUUAGACUCAUCCACCAUGAUUCUGUUCCAUCUCCCAACUGGAAAGUCGGGUUCCUCGCCAAGGUAUCCUUCGGCAAGCCGCCAGUACCGCAACUUGUGCACGUCGACACCGGAAGCCUCCUCUUCUGGAUACAGUACAUACCUUGCACACAGUGCUUCAACCAAUCCUCUCCGGUUUUCGGUCCCACCAGAUCAUCGACGUACUACAACUUGCCUUGCGACUCACUUGAUUGUGAACAUUCUCUUGGCAAGUGCAAUCGUUACAAGGAAUGCUCUUACAAUUAUUCGUAUGCCAGAGGAAGCACCAUCCGUAACCUCGCCUCUGAUGUAGUGAGCUUCGACGGAAGAUUGGUGGUUCCGGUUAGAGUGUUGGGGUGCGGCCACAUAAACGUUAACAGCACUAGGGAUUGGCAAGAAAGCGGCGUACUGGGCUUAGGAUUCGCUCUUUACCCGUCUCUCGUGGUACAAUUAGGGUCGAAAUUUUCCUACUGCAUAGGCAACAUAACCGACCCCAAGUAUCCACAAAAUCAGCCGAUCCUCAGCAAGGGUUCAGCAAUGGAAGGCGAUUCAACGGUCCUCGAGACAUUCCAGGGUCACUACUAUGUGAACCUCCAGGGCAUAAGCGUCGGGGAGAAAAUGCUAGACAUCGACCCACAAGCGUUCAAGCGAAGUCCGUCCGGUGAAGGCGGGGUAUUGGUUGACAUGGGAUCGGUGCUGACUUGGCUGAAGACGGAUGGCUACGUUCCACUCCAGAACGAAGUCCAGAGCUUGCUCGACAAGCAAGGCCUAAGGAGGGUCAAAUAUGGGCAUGACCCGGCGAUGCUGUGUUACGUGGGGACAGCGGAGAGAGAGGUGAGUGAUUUUCCAGUCGUGGCGCUUCAUUUCGAUGGCGGGGUCAAGCUGAACAUGACGGCGAAGAGCUUCUUCUUCCAGAGAAGGCCGGGAUUCUUUUGCAUGGCAGUGGCCGAGAGCCAACUGAGUCUCAAGGGCAUGUCUCUAAGCGGAACGUUGUCUCAACAACAUCAUAAUCUCGGCUAA